UAUUCUAGUAAACCCUAUAGUGAGAGGCCCAGCAAUCUAAACAGAGUAGUUUUUGCCGGGAAAUCGACAAGCUGAAUUGAAUUAUUGAAGAGAGGUCGCCAUAGCAAAGCAAACGCGCCGCUUCAUUGUUCCGUACAUCUAAACCUGCGAGAAACAUGCAACUACACCCUCGUCAUUUUGGCCGUGAUCUCCGGGAUAAGCUCGUGACCAAGCUCAUGAAAGACGUCGAAGGCACUUGCAGUGGUCACCAUGGGUUUGUUGUUGCAAUAACUGGGAUUGACAAUGUUGGGAAAGGGUUGAUUCGUGAUGGGACUGGAUUUGUUACUUUCCCGGUUAAGUACCAGUGUGUUGUAUUUCGACCUUUUAAGGGAGAGAUUCUGGAAGCUGUUGUUACAAUGGUUAACAAGAUGGGAUUUUUUGCUGAGGCAGGUCCUGUCCAAGUUUUUGUAUCAAAUCAUUUGAUACCUGAUGAUAUGGAGUUCCAAGCUGGUGAUAUCCCAAAUUACACUACUUCUGAUGGAUCUGUCAAAAUACAGAAAGAAAGUGAAGUUAGGCUGAAGAUAAUUGGAACUCGAGUUGAUGCAACAGAAAUUUUUUGCAUCGGCACCAUAAAAGACGAUUUUCUUGGUGUGAUCAGUGAUCCAGGUGCAAACUCCUGAUAUGUGUCUGGUUCAGCAACAUUAGGGCGUGGAGAGUGUAUGCCAACAAAAAUGAAAACAAAUUGGCAAGUAAUUCUGUUUUGUGAAUCUCAAAACAGUUUUUUUUGGUGAAUUUUCCAAGGGUUGUUAUAAUGGUUAAAGUCAGUGUUAUUUCUUCCUAUUCAUCUUGUUGGAGUUGGUAUAAAAAUUCUCUCUUA